AUGCGGGUUGUAAACACCACAAAAUCUGUGGCCCGCGGUCCCUCAUGGCGGACCAUUUUUCUUUUUCGUGGUGGCAUCUCAGACGACAAUUGCUACGCGAAUUCGGACUCGUGUGGAAGCAACACGGCAUGCACAUUCACGGGUCACGAUGCCUACGUUUGUAACUGCAAGAGCGGCUAUUACGACGUUCAUUCGGGAACAAGGGGAAGCUAUUCUUGCUCUGCUUGGUCCUCAUGCUCAAGCUCUCAGUACCAAACUUCAAGCCCAAGCGCCGUUGUUGACAGAGGCUGCAGCAGUUGCUCAGUCCUCACUUGCAGCAAUGGGGCCUAUCGUACAGGGUGUGGCUAUGGGUCAUCAGGGACUUGUAGAACCUGCGAUUCGUGCAGCACUACCACCAGCACUACCACCAGCACUACCACCAGCACUACCACCAGCACUACCACCAGCACUACCACCACUACUACCACUACCACCACGAUCUUGCAGUGCGAACCCUUGACUGCACCUAUGGAUGGCAAUGCUCAGUUUGAAGUCCACGGGGGCAUUUCCAUGGCCUUUUUCUCCUGCAACGCCGGCUUUAACAUGCUGGGCAACCCCGAACUCUAUUGCCGCUACAACGAGGAAGAGGGCGCCGCUCAAUGGUCUGCUCCCGUCCCCACUUGUCAGGGCACUCUGUGCGAUGUGGAUGUGGAUGUGAACGUGGUGGAAAGCUCUGCCACGAAUGGUGGACGCUACCCGAGCACCCUAACCUCUUUCUGUCGCAGCGGCUACACUCCCUCCGGUGGUGACACCAGGCGCACUUGCUCCACUUCUGGCACGUACAUGGGCACCCCUCUCACUUGCGUGCCCGUCUCAUGUGGUGACGUCCCAAGCGAUGGCGCCACUCCCAACGCAACCACGGCCACAUAUGGUGACGCCGUGGCUUACACCUGCCCCGCAGGGACUCAUAUGACUGGCGAUGCCGUGCUGACUUGUACGGCCUCGGGCGCCUUCAGCGCAUUGCCCCCUUCUUGCGUUCCCUGCCCUAUCAACACGGCUCAAGCCCAGAGCGGGCAUGCAGAGACAAGCUGCGAGCCUUGUGGUGCAAACAUGGCGACCACUAGUCUUGGCAGCCACGCUUGCUCCUGUGACGUCAAUUACAUCGUGUCCAACGGCGCCUGUCAGGCUUGCCCAAGCGGCUUUGCCAAAGCUGGGAUCGCCAACACCACAUCGUGCCCCCUCGUCAACCUCGGUGUCUCUUAUACCCUCUCUGUGUCUGCUGCCAUGGCAACGGAGGAGAUGGCGGGCGACCUUGAAGACGCGCUGGGCGCAGCCCUCUCAGCCGUGGUAGCGGGUGAUCCCAUCGACACGGUGGCUGUCACCCUGAUUCAAGAACAGACCUCCGCCACGUCGCUCGUCUCUUUGGCUCUCGGUGUCACUACGUCCCAACGUGACAGUGCCUGCUGUGCCUUACAAACCGUUGCGUCGGGCGACUUUUCGAGCCAGCUGGAAGAGUUGGGCUGGGACGACGUGGCCACAACUUUUUUUAGUCGCUCCAAUUGCGAUGGCGUGCUGUGUGGUGCAGCGUGCCCCGCCGGGUCAACCUUGAAGGAUGGCUGGUGCGUCAUUUCAGAGCUGACGUGCCCGGAUGGCUUUGCCGUUGUUGGCGAUGCAUGCGUGAGUGAGGAAGGCAAUGUGCGCUGCCCCGACGGGGCCAUCUCGACCCUUGUCAAUGGCUCGAUCGUAUGUACAUGGGCCGUUGUUUGCCCCAGCCCGGACCAUGUAUACGAUCCGGAGCGUGGCUGUUUUGCGCCUGACACAUGCGCGGCUGGGGAGGAGCUGACAGCCGAGUAUUACUGCAUUCAGAGUGUGAAGGAUUGUGGUGAUGGUUUCAUCUACAACAAGAGCCUAGUCACGCGCGAAAAUCGCGCCAACAUCCGCGCCGGUUGCCAGGAUAUUAACGAGUGUGCCACCUCCACCUCGCCCUGCUCGUCUGACACCAUGUGUGUCAACACGGCCGGGGGCUUCACCUGUGAGUGCAUUGACGACUCACUGCAGUACAAUGCGGUCCUCAUGUCAUGUGUUGACCCCAACGCUUGCGUGACGCCGCCGGCCAUCGCCGCGCUGGGCAUUAAUUACUUUGUCAAUGGAAAUGGUGCCUGCGUGUCGGAUACGUACGUGUGCAACAUUGUCAACUCGGUGUAUGACCCGGAGAUUGUGACGCGAAAUAAUUUGGCCCUGGCUGGCUUCAAGCCGUGCGUGGCUUCAAACUCCAACUGCACGGUCUCUGGCCCCAGCGAUGCCGUGGUGAGCUGCGUGUGUGCCACGGGUUAUUCGGGUGAUGCACAAACGGGAGCCAACAGCAUCGGUUGCCAAAAUUACUGCAACCCCAACCCGUGUCAGUUUGGGGGCGAAUGUGAGGUGUCACGUCGUGGUGCGCGCUGCAAGUGUGCCGUCGGCCUGAGCGGCCCCACAUGCUCGAUUCUGGACGCUGCCUGCGACGGCCGUUGCAACGGUCAUGGCACCUGCACGCCCGGUGCCGCCAGCCCCGAUUUGGACCCGGCAACCUCUGAAUACGAGUGCGAGUGUGACGAAGGGUUCGCGGGUACCGAUUGCGAGGUAGAUACCGUGGGCUCGGGCACAAGUCAGGGAUCGACCGCGUCAGAUGCAUCCACUUCAAUGGUGAUUGGUGGCGCAGCUGGUGGUGCCAUUUUGCUACUCUUGCUUUUGGUUCUCAUUCUGUUCCGCCGCAAGCAAAAACCUGUGACACCCACGACAUCCGAGGACUUGUACGCGGUCUUGGAGGUCCGCGAUGCGGACAUUUGGGAAGUGGAGCGGCAGUUUGUGCGCCUGGGCGAGAAACUUGGCAAUGGUGCCUUUGGCGAGGUGUUUCGGGCUUGGAUUCGCAACCGCCACAGCGGUGAGGAGCGCGGGUGUGCGGCCAAGACUCUCAAACCAGGAGCGCCUUUCGAGGAGCGUCAAGACUUUUUGUCAGAGAUGACGGUGAUGAAGGAGAUUGGGGCGCACCCCAAUGUAAUUGGCAUCAUCGGGCACUGCUUGCGCGAGGAGCCGUAUAUUCUACUGGUUGAGCUGGCAGACUUGGGCAACCUGCGCGACUACUUGCGUGAGUGUCGGGCGUCGCGAAGCAAGCCGCAAUCCCUUCACGUGAGCCAGAUGGUCGACUUUUGCCUCCAGAUUGCCAGCGGCAUGGCCUUUUUGGAACAGAAAAACGUGAUUCACCGUGACCUCGCCGCCCGCAACGUGCUCGUGGGCAAGAAGCUCGAAUGUAAGAUCAGCGAUUUCGGCCUGGCGCGCAACAUCGAAGGCGAAGAAUACAAGACCACAGCCACCAAGUUGCCCGUCAAGUGGAUGGCUCCAGAGAGCUUGGCGGACCGCAUCUACACUACCAAGUCUGAUGUGUGGUCCUUUGGUGUGACGAUGUGGGAAAUCUUCUCCCUGGGAGGAACCCCAUACAAAGAGUACCGCAACGGUGAUGUUUUCAAUCUGCUGGAGAAGGGCUAUCGUUUGCCCACGCCACGUCAGGCCCCUGCCGAAGCCGACGCCAUUGCCCGCAUGUGCUGGUCGCUGGAAGCAGAAGAUCGACCCACGUUUGGUGAGUUGGUGGAUCUGUUGACGGACAUGAUCAAGGAAAAGAACUUUUCAACGGCCGUACCUGAGGCCGAUAGCGAGGAGCUGUACGAGUCGAUUGCCGACCUGUCUGACGAAAGCGAAGGCUCGGGCAUCCGAGCGCCCGCGCGUGGCUCCAGUGGCGUUGGGGUCUGGAUGGGUGCCGACAUGUACGAGAGCCGUUUCGGCGGUGACGACAUUUACGACAACGAAGCCAAUGGUCAAAUGCUGAGUGAGGGUCCGCUCAUGGCGAACAAGGUCUUUCGUGCCAACGAAAGCAAGAACGCAGAGGGGCCUAUCUAUGAGGUUGCUGGACCUGCCACAACUGGUCGCUUGGGCCCCAUGGCUGUGUACGACUUUCCCGUUGCCAAUGACACCAGCGGACGCCGGGCCACUGUCUAUGACCGCCAUGCUCAGCCAGCACCCUCGAUCGACUUGCAAAGUAGUGACGCCACCAUUUACGAUUUUGCCCUUGAUGACAUGGAGAUUUGA